GGGAAAUCUAAUCGGAAGUGCGGAAGCAAAAAAUUAUGGAUGAAUACGAAGAUGAUUUCGCAGAUGAAUGGGAAGCUUUGCAAGACAUAGAACCAACCUCAACCAAGCCACGGAGAUCUCUGAAUUUUGCAACUCCUCGCAACAAAGUUCUCCAGAACAGUAUAGAUGAUGAGAUUGGCAGUCCGGUGCAGCCAGUGACAGCUCUCUUGAACUCCGGCCAAAAGAAGAGACAGAGGGAGAAGGGCAGUCAGUCUGACAGUGAUUUGGAAUAUGAUGAUGAAGACUUUAAGUCAUCAGCUCCAGUUACAAAACGUAGCAAGCCAGACCCUGUGUAUGAAGACGACGAACUUUGGGGUGAUGACCCCCUUCAAGAAAAACUCCUUUCUCCCAAAAUCAAACCUCGCAGUCUCUAUGACAACAAGGGGUCAAAAAAAGGAUCAACAGGGUCAAAAUUUAUUAGCUCAGAACCACUUGAGCAGGAUUCAGAUUCUCCAGACAAAAAGUUGAUUGAACUUAUUCUGGAACAUCGCUCAAAGUCAGGAAGAGAACUGCGACUGGAUACAGAGGGAAACAGAAAUGAAAGCUUGAUAGAUAGUUAUGACUAUGAUCGUGUGAGGGUCCUACGGAGAAUUCCCGGCUCUGCCUACCUUGCUACGACCGGAACAGACGGGUCUCGUGUGUAUAUGACUGUCAAGGACGAUCUUCAGUAUGAACAGCAGUUUACAGAUCUGGGGAAGUCAGUGAAGGAAAGUAAUCUGCUCUCUGUGCCCAUAUCUGCACUGAGAGAACAGCUGGAAGAAGAGCGGCGGUCUAAGUUACUUGAAGAAACACAGUCACUCAGUGAAAAUAUUCACAGACAGUUGAAUGAUCGGGACCAGGGUUUUGAGAGCAGUGAAGAUGAUGAUGACAAGGAAAACUUCCCUAACCAUCAGGGGCCGCAAUCUGUUCUUAAUACAGGGCCUCAGAGACACCUCUGGGUAGAAAAAUACACUCCCAGGCAAUACACAGACCUUCUCAGUGAAGAGAGUAUAAACCGGAGCCUGCUCCACUGGUUGAAGAUGUGGGAUUAUGUUGUGUUUGGAAAGGAACUUCCUGUGAAAUUGAAGGAGAAAAAGAAAGAGGACUUUAAGAAGAAGAAAUGGGGCCAGCCUGAUAUUCAGGAGGAGUUGGACAAGCACCACCGACCACUGCAGAAGGUAGCUUUGCUGUGUGGCCCACCAGGUCUUGGGAAAACCACUCUCGCUCACAUCAUCGCAAAACAUGCCGGAUAUAACGUCAUCGAGAUGAACGCCAGUGAUGAUCGAAGUGCUGAGGUGUUUAAAAACAAGAUUGAGUCAGCCACGCAGAUGAAAGCUGUGUUAGGAGCUGAUCCCCGACCAAACUGCCUCGUCAUUGAUGAAAUAGAUGGAGCACCUCAGGCAGCCAUAAAUGUGCUGUUAAAUGUGAUACGUAAAACUGACGUGCAAGAAGUGUCCAAGGAAGGCAAAAAGAAAAAGAAGGAAGAAGGGGGCAUUCUGCGGCGACCUAUGAUCUGUAUUUGUAAUGACCAGUAUGUUCCAGCAUUAAGACAGCUUCGAAUGAAUGCCCUUGUGAUCAACUUUCCCCAGACCGACCCCACCAAGCUGGCAGCCAGGCUUUAUGAGGUUAUCAGCAUGGAGCGAGUACGAUCAGACAUGAACACAUUGCUAGCCCUGUGUGAGAAGACGGACAAUGACAUUCGUUCAUGUCUCAAUACGCUACAGUUUAUCCGUGGCCAGUGUAAGGAAUUGACAAUGCAGAAUGUUCAGUCGUUGACAGUAGGACAGAAAGAUUCACACAAAAACCUCUUCUCUGUGUGGCAUGAUAUCCUCGCACUUCCCCGGCCUAAAAGACAAAAGUUUGUGAACCUGCAGGAAUCUGGAAUGAAAGAUAUGGUGCUAAAUACAACAUUGCCUGCAAGGUUCAGUAAUAUCCUUUCCUUGGUGAUCGGUGCUGGUGAAACAGACAAACUCACCCAAGGCCUGUUUGAGAACUACCUCGAGUGUAAAUUUAAGGACCCUUACAUGGAUGGUGUUUCCAUGGCAACAGACUGGUUAUGCUUCAGUGAUGAGGUGAACCAAUACAUACAACACAAGCAGGAUUACCGACUGAUGCCUUACCUUAGCUAUUUGGCCUUGACCUUCCACUUCCUGUUUGCAUCCAACUCGCCACCGAAGAUUCAGUACCCUCACAGCAUGGUGGAUUGUAACCAGCGACGAUUAAAAAGUGAGAAUCUCGUUUCUAGUAUGUUAGUGGACAUGUUACCAAGCGUAAGGAAGUUCCUUAACCUUCAUACUGUGACAGAGGACAUUUUACCCCCGCUGAUGGAUGUUAUACAACCUAUGUUCAGGCCUGUGAACACCCAGCUGUAUAGUGCACGAGAAAAGGAGGAGUUACGGCAGCUUGUGAAUGUCAUGAUUUCUUACAAUAUGACCUACAUUCAGGAGAAAACUCCAGAUGGACAGUAUAACUACGCCCUAGAACCACAUGUUGAUGAGGUCACAAGGUUUCCUAACAUGAAGCAACAUCGGCAGCUCUCCUACGCCUCACGGCAACUUGUUGCAAGGGAGAUUGAGUUAGAAAAGAUGAGAAGAGCAGAACAGGCUCGAGCACCGAAAUAUGACACUGUGACUGUCCCUGUAGAGACACCUGGGCAAAAGGAUGCAAGGGGAAAUCCAGUUUCUACAGGAAAAGUGGGCGGGGAGAAAGCUCCCUCUGUCCCAAGCCAUCUACAGAGGCUUACAGCAAAACCCCUUGGCAAGCAGGAAGAAAUGCAAGUUAAGGAUUUUUUUGGCCGUGUGGUCAAACGAUCGUCUCCAGAGACAAAAUCUUCAAUAUCAGAACGUAAAGAGAAAGGAAAUGUCCUAGCCACAGACAUCUGGUUCCAUUUCCAAAGUGGGUACUCAAACGCUGUACGCCGAACUGUUCGAGUAAAGGAAUUCUUAUAAUUGCUGACUGAAUGGUAGAGCAAAAAAACACUCAUUUAUGAUAGCUGUUAAACACAAUGUGGCUGUCCAUUUGUGGAAAGGAGUUCUAGUCGCAGUACUGAAUUGUGUAACUAGUUGUGAAGAACAGUCAAGAGGAGAAACCUGGUGCUAAGAACUGUCAUUGCAAAGAAGUCUGCAAUGCUGGUACCACAAUAUCAUGCUUUAAUUACUACAUACAUGUUAACAAACUUGAGAUAUUAAAAUGUCCUGCCGCAAGUGCUGUCAGCAGUAACAGGGCUCCUAAGUUAUACUAGACAGGGAUUCUCAUGUUCAGGGUUUAUCCUGAAACCAGGAUGGAGAGCAUUUAACUUCUGACUAUUGAACAGAUGUAAAUGUUGGUUUUCGCUUGGAUAUUUGCAUCAAAAACAGUAGGAAGAAACUCAAAAUGAAUAUAAUAUAAAAUAUAUGACUUUUGAAACAAUUUUAAAAGGGCAUGAAUCCUUCAUAUACAAACAGACCCCCGGCCAUGAUUGACAAUUAUCAGCUAUUAGGACCCCUGAAUAGAGGAAUGGGAUGAAAAGCUUGUAAGAGGGUCAUAAAUAAUUAUAUGAUGAUAUGUUGUAAGGCUGAGCCAUUACAAUACAUACAGUAGCUGACCUGCCACAGUGAGAUAAUAUGUAUAAGCCAAUUUGACUGAGUUCUUGCAUUAGUUGAUGUGGGUUUAAGGGUACACGUAUUUGAACUUUAGAAUUAAACAUAAUUAUAUAUUAAUUCAAUAAUUACUGUAUACGUUUGUAUUAAAAUGAUUAUUUGUGUUAAUCAUUGGCAAAGGAAGUCAAAAAUUGACCGAUAAUGGAAAUCGGUUAAAUGAAUGAUGACUCUUAUAAAAAAAUAUUUAAAUGGUAUUUAUUUCAGCAGUUGUGAUUUUCAGUUGUUAAUGUACAUGUAUUUUUAUUGAAAUUCAAAUAUAUGAAAGGUAAAGGUUAAAAAGGUCAUUUAUAAUGUUUGUAAUUGUUGUUGGUAGAAGUUGGUUAAUGAUAUUGUUAUAAAUAUGUACAUAUUAUGUCACAGAUACAUUAUUCUUGUUACCUGAACACCUACACUUACUGAGCAAAUAAUUCAUUGUGAAUGAUUAACUGACUGAAUAAAUUAUUUAGAUUUGAUUUUUUUACAUUCAAUAAAUUAUAAAAUGGG